AUGGUGCUUUCUCAAAGGUCAACUUUGCCGACGCUACCCCGGCAAGUUCGGCUCUCCUCAGCAGAAGCGCCACAAGUCGUCGAGCCGACCGUCGUUGAGGCCUCCUCAAGCGAGCAGACGGCAACCAGCGAGCCCGAGUCGGCCAAAGAGUCCGAGGCUGAGGUCUCCGAUUCCUGGAAAGAACGGUUGUCAAGAAGGGCUUCUUCUACAGAAAAACGGAGUAUUGAGAUCACAGCGCCGGAAAUUCUGGAGGAACUACUGGGGGACGAGGUGCACUUUAUGAUCGAAUCCGGGAUGCAGACCGAGCGCAGCGGGUUUAUAAGAAGGGAAGAACCACAACCGCAAAAAUCGGACGAUACCGUCACCGAGGAGGCCGUGCGCUACAUGGUGAAUGGCGCGACGCAAACUGAUUCGGCCUACGACACAACGCUCAUCCAGACCGAAAUGAUCUCCCGCAUUGAUAUGGCUAGUUUUUUGGAUAAU